AUGGCUUUGCACCUUUUGGAGCAAUUUCGAGAGUAUGUACACGAAAAUGUCGAACUUGGUAUCAAUGGAGAGGAUAAAGAUGUCCCGUACAUUGCGCCAUCGAAACUGAAGACCUACUGGUCCGCUAAGCGUGUGGACGCCAUUCUCAACACUUGCCAACCUCCAAUACCGCAGAACUCGGACAUGAUCAUCAGCAAAUACAUCCAAAUAUUCUCUAUUUUGGUGUACAUUGGCCAACCACACGAGAUCUCCUGGUUUUGCCUCAAUGUCAAGACCCUCGACGAUUGCCAUUUGCCUAUUUAUGGAGAAUCAUUUCCCCAAGGUUGUUCAUGGGCCGACGAAUUCCUGACAAACCAGUGGAAGUUCCAUCCGUUGGUAUUCACUCAUGAGAACAUAUACCAGCGAAAAAUAUCAUGCAAGUUGAUCUUACCAGUAACAUACGGUGAUGAGCUCUCCGAGGAACGAGGUAGCCGCCAUGCAGCCAAGCUAUGGAAAGUACAGGUCCACACUGCCUGUAAUUAUGUUACGCCCCAGGUACCUGUUUACCGUAUCUUAUCAAAUUCAUAUAAUGCUAACUCUAAGAAGGACGAGCCGGUUGUUUUUAAGGUAUAUGAAGGUACCCAUGCACAUGACCUCUAUGAAGCCGAGACCAACGUUUACUUGAAGCUUCACGCAAAAGGCGCAAAGUACAUCACCAAACACUUUGCGUGCUUUUCAUUUCAGGGAAAACAAAAGUCAAUCAUUGUACUGGAGUAUGCGGCUGGAGGCUCCUUGCUAGACUUCUUCCGGAACGCUCCACAGCCAGUGACACCGGAGGAUUUUUCCCUACUUUGGGGUCGUUUGUUCAAGCUCCUUGACGCACUUGAGGUGCUUCAUGAUCUGUAUCGUCCUGAAGAACCAUCAAGAUGGUUUCUUGCAAGUGUCCAUCAAGAUAUCCAACCUGCCAAUAUUCUUGUCUUUCCAGCAAAGCAAAAGGACUCGGAGUUUGAUGUCAAAUUCAAGCUUACGGAUUUCGGACUUGCUGAGAUAGGGAGGGUGUCAAACUCGGGGGGCACAAUGGUGACAGAAAACAGAGGAAACAGGAUGUAUAUCUCCCCCGAGAGCUAUGCAAACUUCUCUGUGCAAGAGCUUGUGAAAACAAAUGUCCCGCCUACUGCGGAUAUCUGGGCACUGGGAGCUGUUUUCAGUGAUGUUCUUGUUUGGUCAAUUCACGGGGAACCUGGACGCGAGAAAUACCGCCAGAGAAGGAGACAAAAGAUCUCGAAUCAGUCACACAUGAGAGCUUCUAACUACGAUGCUUGCUUUCACGAUGGAAUAGAUCGACUCUCUGCCGUUAAAGAAUCUCACAACUUAGUCCUUCAGGAUAAAAGGGUCCGUGAUUCAAUGUCGCCAUACAUUAGCAAUCUUAUUCUGGAUUUCAUGCUUACAGAAGCUGGUGGGAGACUGACUGCUAUGCAGAUCAGGACGAGAGCGAAGAAAGAGAUGGACAAACUUCAAUGCAACCCCGCGUCACCCUCAGCGCCUCAACAAACUAACCAGAACUCGCUGCGGGGGGCUCCCAAUCCUCGAAUAUCGGGCAGGGGACCUGCGAUGAUCCCUGCCUCAACUCGACCAGUACUCCUACCCUUGGUUGAGCCUCCGCCAUCCCCGAAUAUGCAGCCAGCACACCCGGAAAUGAUACCAAACAGAACCUCUAUCCAGCAAUUUCCCGUAAACAAUGGGUCACCAGCCAGGGCCAUCAGCCCAGCAAGGUCCCAAUCGCCCGAUACAAAGGUGACAGUUGGAAUGGUGUACCCAAAGUUGAAAACGAAAGCCAGAACAGGCUCUAUUAUUGGUUCAUUCAACCCAAGAGCUGUUAAACUACCCGAUGUCAUGAAUCUCCCAGGGAUGAUGGAAGCGCGGAGCAAGAUCGAUGAGACUCAAGGAAGAGAUCAGAUCAUGGUUAUCGAUAACUUCAGUUCUAUGAAGGAGCAUAAGCAAAAUGUUGUGAAAACUGCAAGAGUUGUUAGCUACGUCGCCAAAGUAGCCGACAACGACGGCAUGGAACUAUACGCUGCUUCAGAGGCGGCCAGAAUCCCCUUGAAAUGCAAGAAAAGUUCACAAAUCGAAACUGCGAUUGCCAAUAUGAAAACAGUCAGUGGAACAUGCGAUAUGCAACGAUGUCUGAACUUGAUACUCGAGCGAGUUCUUGUCGGGAACAAAGUCAAGCCGACCAGCAUAUACGUGUACACUGAUGGGAUAUGGGAACCUGGUGCAGAUCACGUCAGGUUCACGAUUCAGCGGGCAAUCGAUUAUCUGAUCAAGUGUGGUCAGCCAUCUUCGACACUCAUGUUCCAGUUUAUUCAAUUUGGUGACAACCCACAAGGGCGGUCUCGACUGCAAUUCCUGGAUGACAAGUGCACGAGACAACACGGGGAUGAGGAAUACGAUAUUGUUGAUACCAAGCAUUGUAACGACCACGUACCCGACAUUGUCAUUGGCAGCAUUUCCAAAUGGCAUGAUCGAAAGCAUUUCAGAGAGGUCCUAGCCUAG